AUGGUUUCACCCGAUGAAUCCCAGCUCAGUCGAGCUGCGCGCUAUGCCGUUCCUUUCGGUUUGCUGCUCAUCCCCCUCUGGAUGAUCCGUGUCAACGCGGUUGUCCCGGAGCCAUACCUCGACGAGGUAUUUCACGCUCCCCAGGCUCAGGCAUACUGGGCGCACAAGUGGGAGCAAUGGGAUCCAAAGCUGACUACCCCGCCGGGUCUGUAUCUGUGGUCUUACGUGCUCUGCGCGGCGUUGCUUCUGCUUCGUGGUGAGCCGACGAAGCUCACAACCGAGGUUCUACGUAUGACGAAUGUUGCUACUACUGCUAUCUUCCUUCCUUGGAGUUUGCAGGCGCUGCUCGAUAAAAUUCAGAAGGUGAAGAAUGACCGGAACUUGAGCUCGUAUUUGGGUCAUACUGCGUUGAACAUUUGCUUGUUCCCACCGUUGUUCUUUUUCUCGGGUCUGUACUAUACAGACAUUCUUGCCCUUCUCGCCGUGGUUGAGGCCUACAAUUGGGAUCUCAAGAGGAGCUCGGGUGGUAUUCUGCCGACGCUGGGCUUCUUGGCCUUCGGUUUGGCUGCACUUGUCUGUCGGCAGACGAAUAUCUUUUGGAUCUCUGUCUUCUUUGGUGGACUUCAAGUUGUCCGGAAUAUUACAACGUCGUCUUCUACUUGCUCUUCGUCUAAGAUCUCUAAGAUCGUGAAACAGGGAAUGCAGCAGAACGAGCUCUAUGAUCCUCUGGUCUCGGAAGCUACCUUGGCUGACUACUUCAAGACCAUCAUCUCAUUCACAGCUGUUGCUGCGAAGAGACCAUUUGCUGUGCUCAUCUCUGUUAUUCCUCAUCUCAUUGUCCUCGCUGCCUUCGGUGGUUUUGUGAUUUGGAACAACGGUGUCGUCUUAGGCCACAAAGAGUUCCAUACUGCGAGCAUUCACUUGGCCCAGAUGCUAUACAUCUGGCCUUACUUUGCCUUCUUCUCGUGGCCACUUUUCGUGAUACCUCUGAUCAACAUCCUUGUCCCCAAGAAGUCUAUCCCCGAGUCUCUGGAUCUGGGCUGGCCAGCAAAGCAGAGAAAACUUCCAUCAUACAAAGCUGUCCUAGCUGUGAUUCCUCUCAUGCUUGCCGUGGUUCAUUUCAACACCAUCGUGCACCCCUUCACCCUCGCUGAUAACCGCCACUAUGUAUUCUACGUGUUCCGCCUUCUCCUUAACAUCCACCCAGCAGUAAAGUACGCCGCAGUCUUGGUGUACUUCCUCUCCGGCUGGACUGUGAUUUCGGCCUUUGGAUUCUCUACUCUGGUCGUGGCACCCAAAUUGAUGCGCGUCCCAGAGAAGCCUGCACCAACUGCCUCUACUCCUGCUCCUGCUCCAGCUCCGGCCCCUACCCCAGCCCCUACUCCUGCACCAGCAGCCAAACCUACUCAGCCUUCCCAGCCACCUAAGGGAACAAAGAGGACCACCCGACCCAACCGCAAGCCUGCCCCCAAACCCAAACAACCAGAUGAACAACCCAAGACCAACACCAUCGAUCCAAAUGAUCCCGCAGUCAUCGCCAGGAUCCAACGAUCGAUCCUGACACGCCAAAAGACCCAGCUCGAAGCACCCCGUGUCAGCUUCGUCCUAAUCUGGCUUGCCGCAACCGCAUUGUCCCUCAUCACUGCACCCCUGGUUGAACCCCGCUACUUCAUCAUCCCCUGGGUGAUGUGGCGUCUCCAUCUGCCCCCAUCACCAGGUCUGCUCAAGUACCGAAUCACCCGUCCUCGCAAUGAAGAAGACAAGCGCGCUGCUGACUUCGUGGUCAACUCUCCCAAAUUCCUGGAGACGGCUUGGUUCUUGCUCAUCAACUUGGUGACUGGUUAUGUCUUCUUGUACAAGGGCUUCGAGUGGCCCCAGGAGCCUGGAAAAAUCCAGCGCUUCAUGUGGUGA